UACAAGUUUGUGAUGUUAUCAGGAAGCAGAAGAACGGAUGUAAGGGAGAUAGCUCCUGCUGAACGCAGAAAUGGCGGCAGACGCGCUUUGCCUCGAAAACAUUGACGAAUAUGUUAACGACGAGAACAAAAUUGUUACUUGCAAGUGGCUUAGUCUAACACUGAAGAUUCAUAUAAAUCAGGCUAAAAGGUUGUUAUACACGUUCCUCCACAAACAGAAACAGCAAAAGAAUCAGCAAGUCAAUGCUACUUAUUUUGUGGCAGGACUUUCACAAAAUAGUCAUGGAAUCCCAGAGCACAAAUGUUUGGUGGUGCCAGAAGAGGACUUGGAAGCCACUCGCAGACAGCUGUCUGUGGUUACCAGCUGUCACAUAUACAGUGUGCAACGAGCCCAAGUGAAGGAUCCAAAUGUACUCUACAUGGCUGAUUAUGAUGGGAUGAAGGAAAACCAGUCAGAUAUAAACAGGUACAGCAGCAUUCUUUGUAAACAAGCGGCUGUACCUAGAUCAAGGCCUUCAGUGACAAGCAAAGUGCCAGAGAAAAUACAUGACAGCCAUCAAGAAAGCAAUAGUAAUAAAACUGAAGAAAUGAAACAAAGCAACACAGAUUCUUCUGCCAAGAAAAGUAGUGCAGAAGAUUUCAGGAAAAAGGAAGAUUCGUCAAUGAAACCUCAAAAGGAAGAAAACAAAACUGAUAAGGCUCCUCCCAAGAAAGGAAGUGUCAUGGAUCUUUUUGCAAAUGCAAAGCCUUUGGUAAAACCCAAAGCAGCAGAAACAAAGAAAUUUCCUGCUGUAGCAGAGACCAAGGCUACCAAUAAAGACAGCAUCAGCAGUACACAGAGCACUAAGCGAAAUACGAAAAAGGAAGUGCGAAUAAGAGAUGAUUCAGAUGAUGAGGAGCCAGAAAGGAAACGAAGGCGGAGGAUCAGAUAUGACAUGUCUGAGAGCAGUAGUGAGGAAGAGAUAGAGGUCCAAGAAAGUCCACUUCCAAGUCCUGCAAAAGAACCAAGUCCUCAACCAGAGUCACCCACACCUAAAAAGAAAGAGCAGACUGAGAUGUGUAAUAACAGGCAGGCGACAACUCCACGAGAGAACAGCAUACAAAUGGACAAAGUGCGAAGGAGAAGGAGAAAGCUUGUGCCAAAAACCUCUCUUGAUGAAGAUGGAUUCAUGGUGACAGAAAAUGUAUGGGAGAGUGAGUCAACAGAUGCUUCAGAAAUGGAAGAUGAAGCAAAGAAGGCAAAGACUGUUCAGAAGCCUACAACUUCUCCGCCCAAAACUAGUCCUCGCAAGAAACCGUCACCAGUUAAGGGGAAGCAAACUUCGCUUAUGUCCUUCUUCAAGAAGAAGUAAAAAAAGUGGAUCAACAUUCCUGUCUUCCUUUAUGACUAUUCUUCUUUCCCCAGCCCCCUACAGCCAAAACACAAACACUGUUCAAAAUACACUGCUGGAUGUGAUGUGAUAUUUGUUCUCACUUUUCUGUGCUCAUUAUGGAAACAUCUGUUGUGACAAAGUCAUGAGAUCUGCAUCAGGUAUACAAGAGUGAUUGUAUAGUGUCUUAGCAAGGGAUGUUUAUGUAAGAUCUGUUUAUUUGCAUCAAGCAUUCAAUGGGUCACUUUUGUACAUGGUACUUUUUUGAGUGGAGAGAGAAGGGACUAAACCAUUCAGAGAAUUUUGCUGCAUUAAAAAAAAGCUGCAAUAAAUAUCAACUCUGGAAUUACAGAAUUAAAGUUUGAUUAGUGUCUCUUUGGUGAGCAUACAGUCAGAGAAUUGAGAAAACUAUUGCACUGUGUUAGGAUCAUCUUAGGAACAACAGGUUAAAACAGUAUUGGGAGGAACAAUGGGGCUAUUGUUUGAGACUGAUUUCAUCAUACUUCUUGCUGAGUAUUUAUAUGUUGGGCUGCCAUCUUGAAGCCAAUGAUUACAUGAAAGCUACAAGAUGUGCUGUGGAGCAAAUAACAACUAUUAGCGUGAUAGAAGAAAAUAAUUGCUGUACAAUAAAAAAAAAAAAAAAAAUUGCUUGUCUUGUGCAGUGUACUCUAGAAAUAGCUUUUGUCAGUAAUGAUCUACAGUCAAGAAAACCUAUAAGUAGAAUGACAGACUGUGCAAAAGCAAUAAUAAAGAAAUACAGUUGUGUCUCUUUGAAGAUGUUUAUAAAAGUUCAGAUGCUGGGAUUAAUUAAAUAUGAGAUUCUUCAUA